ACGAUGUAUCUCCAACAGAUAUGUCCUGGAAAAUCCAAUGGUUAUGUACAAAGUCUGAACACCGCUUUAUGGAACAAUUCUCGAUACAUUAUAUUUGGUACUGCUGACAAAGUUGUUAUAUAUGAUGGACAUUUUAAACAUCUGCAAACAAUAUGUGUACGAGAGUUCUUGGUCGAUCUUGAUACAUCGCCGGAAUGUAAAGUAAUAUCCGUUGAAUUGUCAAAUACUCACGGGCAGCUUGCUGUAACUAUUGAAUCAAACGUGCUCAUAUUUCGUCCCAACAAACAAAGUUGCCAAGAUGGGACGCAAUGGACACUACUUGCUAUAUUGAGACAUGACAAUCCCGUGUGUUGUACAUCAUGGAAUCUAAACCAUGAUAAACAUGAACUCUGGGUUGGAGGUGGGAAAAUCUCUCUGUGGAAGUAUGACAUGGAUGAAAAUACAUCACCAUGGACAAAAGAAUACGAACGAGGAGUUGCUUCUAACGUAACACUCAUAAAAGUAUCACCAGAUUCGUCUUUAAUUGCGACAGUAGGCAAGUAUGAUCGAAUGGUGAAGAUCUGGUGGCAAUCUCAGAACAACACGCGUGCAUACGAAUUUGAAUAUUUGAGUCAUCCGGGAGCUGUGACUAAUUUUAGUUGGAGACUCGGAACAGAUGAAAUGAGGACACCCGGCCAGAAUACUCUAUUUACAAUGUGCAGAGAUGGUAUAUGUCGAAUAUGGUCAUCUACCAACCCGGAAGAACCUUGCGUUUUAUAUAUAGCUGCUGUUAUCGACCCCAACGAUGAGGUAUUGUCUACCCCUAUACAUUGGAUACACGCAGCCGAGUUUGUUAGCACAGUGCGAUUGGCACUGGACGCAUUGGAAGGAGGGGACGGGCAAAAUGGAGUUGGAAAUUUAGUGAGACGACUGACAGGUUUGGCCAAAAACACACCGGAUCUGAUGUAUCAAGUACAAAAAGAUGGAAGCAUGAUAAUAUGGGCAAUACAGAACUUGAAUGCUAAACCGCGGCGUAUAGUUAGGGUUCUUGUUUUGUUGAGAAUGGCACACGCUCUUUUUCCACUGGAUGCAGUUUAUUUCUCAGGCAGUGUAUCGGUGUACCACGAUCAUUCGGGAUUGAAAACCAAAUCUACAAUAUUCCCAGCAGACUUGACCCUUAUAGCGCAGAGUCCUCAUGGCCGUAUCAACUGCUAUACCAUAAAUUUGACCGACUUUUUCGAUAGCACACGACCGACCACACGGUUGUAUUUAAAACACUCGAUGACCGGACAUCAUAGCGAUGUGGUGGAUAUUACAAAAGCACCAGGAACAGACAGUCUGGCUUCCAUUGCAAAAGAUGGAGAAGUCAUUGUGUGGGAUACAGAGACUCCGAGGUUUGGCGCUCGAGUAAGUCAGGGCAUGGUAGAGAGAUCACCUGUAUGGCUGGACUCUAAAAUCAAAUUGGCAUGUUUAUUACCUGGAGGAAGGCAUUUGGCUGCAUAUGACGGAUCUCAAAUUAUUCUCUUUUUCUGUGGCACUGUCGACGGACAUUCAUCUCAGUUAUCUGCUCUCGAUGGGUAUGACCCAGAAUACCCACUUAGUCUAUUGUUUGCUUUUCCCCAAAUGCGUAAUGGAACACCGAGUUCUGUGUCGCAUGUUGCUGGAUUCAGCUUAUUAGAUGGAAGCAUAUUCUGUUGGCGAGUAGAAUUUGGUGAUUUGUAUGUUCCUUCUAUCCACUUUAUUUCCCAUACUCGGUUGUAUUCUCGUUCCUCUUCCCAACUAUCCACUAUUACCCACGCCGUCUCGGUCAAUCAAUGGGCCGGAGCAUAUUCUAAAUGCAACACAUAUCCAUCUGACUGUAAUCCGCCCGUCCUAUUGACAUGCUCUUUACGGGACGAAUUACAUAUUGGAGAUAAAGAGAAUUUGUGGGAAGUGAGUUACAGGCUUGAGAGUGGGGAUCCAGACGGGAUAUGGAAGAUUAAGUGCGGGCCCGAAGAUAAAGUUGCAUUAG